AUGGCCCAAUCAUCUAUCUUCCUGUUUCCCAUUCGCGAGAUCUCCAACGACCGCGUCAAACUCGUCCCGUUCAACCCAGACCAUCACACUCGCACCUUCUUCCGUCUCUCAUCCUCCCACCCCGAACUAUACACACACAUGCCAAUGGGACCCUGGGAUUUAGAAGAAGCACUCAAAGCCGAAUUCUACUCCCAAUCACAAACGCAGCUUCUCUCAUUUUCAAACCCCACAUCAUUCGCAUUCGCCAUAAUCGACAAAACUCGCCCUCCUUCUCCAGAUGACCCUGAAGGCGAACUAGCCGGCACUAUCAGUCUAGUGCGAACAUCGGAUACCCAUCUAUGCACUGAAAUCGGUUUCAUAAUCAUUUUACCACCAUACCAGCGUACGCACAUCGCAAAGAAUGCCGUCGGGCUGGCUUUGCAGUAUAGUCUGGAGGCCUCUGAGAAUGGAGGGCUUGGCUUGCGAAGGGUUCAUUGGCGGACUAGUACGAUGAAUAUCGCGAGUGCUAGACUUGCGGAGAAGAUGGGGUUUGAAAAGAUUGGUGUUGUGCCCUGGCAUAUGCGAUUUAUUAAGGGGGAAGCUCAGGGCGAAAACUGGGAAUGGGAAGGAUUUACCUCCUAG